UUUUUUGCCGAUUUUUGACACACCACGCCAAAAAGGUUGCCCAUCACUGCUCUAGACUCCUGCUCAAGGAGCAGGUGGCACUCAUGGCCAGGAGGGUCUAGACACAACUGAGAAUUGUGCACCAGUUACAUCUUUCCUAGACCAACAGUUCCUGUUCACAGUCACCCAUGCAUUAGUCACCUCUUGUCUUGACUAUUACAAAGCAUUCUACAGAGAGCUGUCCUUGAAAAUAUUUGGAAGUUUCAAUUGGUUCAAAAUGUGAUGGACUGCAUGGUUUUGUGCAGGCCUAGAUGUGCAUGUAUCUUUUUUUCUGUAGGAACUGUACUGAUUUGCUUCCAAUUCAAGAUGCUGGUUGCUACCUUCAAAGCCUUAUAUGGUUUGGGAUCAGGUUUCUUGAAGAACCAUCUUUUCUUGGUCACAUUUAUCUGAUUUAUCAGAGUAGGAAAUGCUACUGGUUCAUUCCCUAGGAGGUCCAUCUAAUGGAACCAAGAAGAAAGACCUCCUCCGUGAUUGCUUGCUCCCUGUGGAAUAUCUUACUUGUGGAGAUAAAAUUGUCCCCCGUUUGACAUAUUUUUACAAGGCUCUGAAGACCUAGUUUUGCCAAUGGACUUGGCCCUAGAAUAGGAUGGAACCCAUCAAAAGACUUAUUUGACUUGUUCCAAAGGGAUAGGGGAUUAUUCCUUUUAAUUGCUUUUUAUAUUGGGUUUUUAUCCUUGUAAGCCGCAGUCUAUCAGUGAGUUAGGCAGCCAUAUAAAUUUUCCUAAAUAAAUAACAAAAGAGGAAUCAAAAAGAACGGUGCCCUUCAGCUAUGCCUAUAAUUGGCAUGCAAUUACCAAACCACUAUAGCAGAAUUCAUUGCUAACUAAGAGUUGGCUUGGAUUUUAAUUCUUUUAUAAUUGAGUGAGGGGGAGCACGAUUUCAAUAUUCUUUGCUUGCACUGUUCCUCCUUUUUGAAGAGAAGUUCUGAAAAAUCUAAGGUAAGGGCUUGGACCAGAGUGUGAUCAGUUAUCUUUAGAAACCAACAGCAUAAAAAUAUGUCUGUAGAGACUGGAGUUAAAGUUUUAUAGCUUCUGUUUGAACUUAAGAAUCAAAUAAAAAACGCCAUACCAGUAAAUAGAAAUAAAGUGUUCUCUCUUAUCCAUACUUCAGGUAUAACAGGGAUAAUCUAGACUCCAGCAUAUCUGCAUCAUUGCAAUUUGGCCAAAGACUUAAUCCCUUAGAGCAGUACUUUCCAAACUGUUCUAUUUAAAGACCCUGACAUUCCUUAGACGUUUACUAGGUCUUCCCCAUAACUGCAGAAUGGUUUCCCUGAAAAACAUUUUGUCCUUCGAUAAUAAUAUAGUUGUUUUCUUAUUAAAGUGUUGCAGAAAAAGGGUUGGGAUGAAGCCCAUGGCAAAUUCUGAUUCAUAGUUCAUACAGAACAUGAAGUGCAUUUGUAACAUGCAACAUUUCCUAAAAGAUGGAAAGUUUUAAACAGACUGAGAAAGAAACCUUUUUAUUUUAGUUACUGAAAAUUCAAAAUACUUUUCUUGAAGAAUGGUUAGUCCUGCAUCAUUACAAUAAGUAUAAUUUAGACUUAAUGAUAUUUACUAGAAAAGUGAUCUCCAAACUCUUUGUAGUAGUAGUUUAUUUGAAAUUUUAAAAACAUAGUCUCAACAUUCUUAGGAGUGCCUAAGUGUAAGAACAAAUGGGGUUUGUGGGUGAAUAACAACAUGGUAUAUGAAUGUGGAGGGAUGCAGAGUCUGGCCCAUUUGUUGGUCUACAGUAGAAUACACUAAAAGGGGCAAGUUUCUGACCAAUGUUAAAGCCAAAAAGGUGGGUUCAUUCUGGAAGUUGAAACUUUGAUCUGGACACAAAUUAAAUAAAUUAAAGCAUUAUUAUGCAUUGACAAAGAUUCUGGAGAGAAAACCCAUUACAUGUACAAAGUGCCAGUUUUCUAAAAUGUUAAUUAUCCCUUCCAAACCCCCACAUUGGUGCUCGUGGGCACCAGGCUGAAGGCCAUGGCACUUGAUAUUGAAUAGCACUCUAGUAUCUCAAUUUAAUUUGUUAAAUCACAUGAAGUUUUGAAAUGAAUUAUAGACAUGGAAACACUAUGAAAAAAAACAUGAGGUUACUAUCUGCAUGUCCCGGAUGUUGAAAUUGUUAAUGGAGUUAUCUUCAUUCAUGAAAGGAUUUAGUUCAGUGAUCAUCUAGUUAUCAAUCAGAGACAUGGCUUUCCCACUCAGCUUCAUACCACACCCUCCCUCUCUUCAUUAGUGCUCUGGCUAUGUUUUAAUAGCUGGUAUUUGUGAUGGGGCAUCUGAUCCAAUGCUUGAGUUAAAUAUAGCCCUGUCUAGUGUAAGGAGAAGAUUUAAUGGGAAAUGGUUAGCAUUCUUUCUCCCUAAAGAACAGAGGGAGAGGGAGAGAGAGACGAGAGAGACAUGCACACAUAAACAUCUCGAAUCAGUGAGAGGCUGAAGGAGGAAAGGCAAGCAGAAAAGACAGUGGUCAAGAAAUCAUACAGCUCGCAGCCAGAAUGGUUAUCCUCAGCUGGAUUGCUCUGGGAUUUUAUCUUCAGCUCUUUUUCUGUUGGGCUUUGUCUCAAACCUCUUUUGUCGACAGUGUCUUCUCCAUUUCAGCAGCCCUCCCUUGUCUGGACCAGAAGAAACGGAUCAAUUCUAACCGAGGAUGCUCUUUGAUCGCUCUUGCACUUCCUCCUCCUCCUCCCCCUCCUCCUCCCCCACCAUUAUUUCCUCCACCACACUUCACACACGGGUGGGAUUCUAUGUUGUUUACUCUGGAUCUGAAAAACUUGUGUCAAGAGCUUCAGAUAACACAAUCUCCCUGUGCAGAAUCUGUAUGUCCCCCAGGACCUCCUGGCCCCCAGGGCCCACAAGGUAUUCCUGGUGUGAAAGGACCAAAAGGAGUAAAAGGUGAGAUUGGAAGACCAGGAAGAAAGGGCAGUCGAGGUCCUCCAGGUGUCCCUGGAAUGCCAGGAUCUAUUGGAUGGCCUGGUCCAAUGGGACUAAAGGGUGAAAAGGGAGAUUUAGGUUUGAUGGGAUUGCCAGGUAUAAGAGGACCAAUGGGUUUCAAGGGUAGUACAGGGGGUCCCGGACAAAAGGGAGCUCAAGGACAGAAAGGAGUCAAAGGCAGCAAAGGUGAUAAGGGAUACAUGGGUUUGCCUGGAAUGUUGGGGCAAAAGGGAGAAAUGGGUCCAAAGGGAGAAGCUGGUGCAUCAGGACAUAGAGGACCGACUGGACGGCCAGGGAAACGAGGCAAACAAGGACAAAAAGGAGACAUAGGACCCCCUGGAAGUAUAGGCCCACCAGGACAGUUAAUAGCAGGGCAACUAAUGGGGCCAAAGGGAGAAAGAGGACUUCCAGGACCUCCAGGAAAUUGUCUCUGCAACUCUCAGCCAAAUGUGAAUGGUCCACCAUAUGAGGAACCACUGUUUGGAGAGGCCUAUUCCAAAGUACCUGCAAUUUUUGUAGUGAAUAAUCAGGAAGACCUGGAAAGAUUAAACACAGAAAAUGCUCUAGCAUUUCGAAGAGAUCAACGAUCUUUAUACUUUAAAGAUACUUUUGGAUGGUUUCCAAUCCAGCAGCUAAAAACUUCCUAUCCACUGGAUCAUCUGCUAGGAGAUAAUAAUGUCUGUGGAGAUGGCAUCAUCCAAGAUGGAGAAGAAUGUGAUGAUGGCAACACCAUUGUGACUGAUCAUUGUAUAAGAUGCCACCAUGCUUAUUGUGGAGAUGGCUAUCGGCAUGAAGGUGGAGAAGAAUGUGAUGGGAAUGACUUUGGAUACUUAACGUGCAAAACAUAUCUCCCUGGGUCUUAUGGAAAAUUACGCUGCACUUCCUACUGUUACAUUGACUCUACAGAUUGUCGCUAUUUUACAUGAAAAGUGAGUGGUGAGAAAGGAGUGACCUAUAUAUGACAUGCAUGCAUCAGGUGCUACAUUAGUAUCAUCAAACCAAGACUGGACGAUAGAGAAACAAUCAAUGCUGCAACAACCAUUGUCAUGUUGCCAUGAUGAUUGGAAAGAAGUGUUAAUUUCCUGAUCACAGUGGAAGAAAAUCGGACCAUCCUUUCCUGUCUUAAUAGAAAACAUCCAGUGACAGUAAGACUCAAGAUUUGCCUUUUUCAUGAUUGGCUGAAGGAAUUUUCCUGUGUAUCAAGAACAAAAACAAACCAAAGGAACAGUAUAUUUAACUUCAUACUUUAGGUUAUUAAAAUACAAUAAUACCUCAAUUUAGCACUGUUAGUUCUUCAAAUAAGCUCUUCAGGUUUUCUUAAGACUUUUCCAGGAUAAAAGCAGAUCUGUUGCCAGUGUUUAUAAGGAGUCUUUUGUUUUUGUUUUUUAAUUAUUAUUAUUACAAUGUGAAAUUUCUCCAUGCUUUAGCUGCAUGAAUUACGUGAAUUACAUGCAAAUACUUUAUGUUUGUUGAUUUGGGCAAUUUAAGCUGCAGCCCAAUGCCCUCUAAUGUUGUAUUAAAUGUCACUGAACUCAUUCUGACUUAACUUCUGUGCAGAUGUGCCCAAAUAAGAGCUAAAGAGAAAUAGACUAUUUAGUUUUAGUUUAAAAAUAAAUAAAUUAAAACAAGAGAGAUGCAAUGAGUUUAAAUCAUAUUUGCUGACAGUUUAAAUGAGACAAUUAGGAAGGAACCACAUUUGCUGGCUAAUAACACCACUGAAAUAGAUAGACACUGUUCAGAAUCCUAGGAAUAGGAUCAGUUUCUGAUGCUGAAAGAAAUAAUGCCUUGAGCUCAUAUUCCAGUCAGCUAGAGCCAACAUGGCCAAUAAUGAUGUAAAGUACCAUUCAGCGACUUCUGGAAGACUGCAGCACAUUGUUUUUAAAAACUAAGGACUCCUAUGCAAGUUUAUACAGAUGCCUGUUUCAUGUCCAGUGGGUCUAAACAUUUAGGAACCUGGUCAGGGUUGUAGUCAGAUUUUCUGCAUCUCCAGAUCAGUAGCUCAUAUGGAACAAGCUAGUGAAUAUACUCUUUCAUGCAUUGUAUUCAUGAAAAUAUUUGGAAAUAAUAAGAUCCUAACUGAAUUCAUUUAAAAUAUACACUUACAUUUACCACUGCAUGGAAGACUGCGUUUGAAAAGCUGAGUUGUAUUAAUAAUUGUUGAGAAACUUUCAAUCAAACUUUAAUUCUGGUUUAUUUGCCAGGAAAUGUUAACUAGUUGCUCACUUUUAUUGAUUUCUAGUCUGAUAAUUGCUUUCCAGUCUCAGCUUUGUAUAACAUUAUAUAUGAUUGUGUAUAUAUUCCUAUUUGUACAGCUUAGUCUAAAUGCUGUAUAGAUUUUAUAUGUAUAUAAAUGGAUUUUCUUUUCCUAUUUUCUAGAAAAAAAUUAUCAGCAUUCAGAAUACUAUUUACUUUAUAGCAGACAUUAAAAAGGAAGUUUUACAUUGGAAAUAUGCUAAGAUACAAAUUGAAACUUUAAAUGCAGGUAGAUUAAUUUUUCAUUUGGUGAAAUAUUAGUUCAAAUUAAAAGAAUUAAGACAGACCACUCUUUUCCUGCUAUUAUUGAUCCAAAAUAUAUGUUUGAAAUGCAUGAAACUUGUAAAACAUUGGCUACUGUUAUAUUCUGCUUUUUCUGUAGAUAUUAAAUACAGAGGACAGCACACAAUUAUAAUAAAAUUAAUAUAAUAAUUAUUCAUCCUUUUUACCAUAGAUAUGUAGAUUAUUUUAAGUCUGCAUGUGUAUAGUAUUGUGAAAAUAUUUUUUUA